AUGUUAGCAUGUCAUACUGAGAAGUUGGUGUUAGUGUCCUUGGCUUUAGCUAUGCUGGCCGUAUCUGGCUUGGCCCAGCGAGGUGGACAUGGAGGCGGUGGUGGCGGCUAUGGAGGAAGCGGUGGCGGCCAUGGAGGUGGUGGUGGCCAUGGAGGUGGUAGCGGCAGCGGCGGUUAUUCUGGUGCUUCUUCUACCAGCGGCUUCAGUUUUGGAGGUCAUGGAGGCGGUGGAGGUGACGGUGGCGGCUAUGGAGGCGAUGGUAGCGGAGGUUAUGGAACUGGUUCAUCAUCCAGUAGUUCUAGCCUCGGAGGCGUUGGAGGAGGUCAUGGAGGAGGAGGUGGAGGUGGCCAUGGAGGUGGUGGUGGCGGUGGCCACAGAGGUGGUGGAGGUGGCAGCUAUGGAGGUGCUGGCCAUGGAGGUGGUGGCGGUGGUGGUGGUAGUGGCGGUGGUGGAGGUGGUACCAGUGGUGGUGGAGGUGGCGGUGGCAGCUUUGGAGGCGGUGCUGGCGGAGGUUAUGGAGCUGGGUCAUCAUCCAGUAGUUUCAGCCUUGGAGACCAUGGAGCUGGCGGUGGAGGAGGCCAUGGAGGUGGCGGUGGAGGAGGCCAAGGAGGUGACAGUGGUGGCGGCCACGGAGGUGGUGGCGGCCAUGGAGGUGAUGGCGGUGGCGGCUAUGGAGGUGGAGGGUAUGGAAAAUAA